GUGGCUUAUCCUUAUAUAUAAUUAUAUUGCACUAGGUAACAAUUAAUGAGUUAUGGUUGUUAAAUGUUCGUGACCGAUAUGUAUUUUGUGUUGUUUAGUGAUAAAGUGUACUCUGAAGGUGUUUUGGACUCAUUUGUUGCUUUUGUAAAGUCCAAUGUCAUCCACUCUACGAACCCUGAUGGCAGGAAACCAGUUAACGUCCUUUAUUUUCAUCAGCUCUGUGUUGGUACAAACUCACUCAGCUGAUGAUAUCUACUCUGCUGUGAUGCCUCAGACAGUAACAGCUCUAACAGGCUCCUGUGUGCAGAUUCCUUGCACAUUCGACAUCUCUGAUUUUGAGGACAAACGUAAGAGGGCAGAAUCUAUUUAUGGGAUCUGGACAAAAACCAAAUCACAGUUUGCAGAAAAAGAUGGUUUUAUAGCGUUUAACAGCAGUGAAAACAUCAUUAGAGGAUUCAGUGACAUACAGAUGACUGGAAAUCUCAGUGAGAGGAACUGCACAACUGUCUUCUAUAACAUCAUGAAGAAUCAUUCAGACCUCUAUUACUUCAGACUGGAAAUGAAGCCAAAUGUGUUUGAAGCAACAUUUAACCCCAGUACAGAUGUUACAAAAAAGACUGUGAGGAUCAAUGUCACAGAUUCACCAGAACCUCCUGAACUUAAACUCAGUGAUCAGAGAGUGAUGGAGGAAACUACAGUCAAUCUGAGAUGCUCUGCUGAAGCCCCCUGCCCCAAACAACCUCCUACAAUAUCCUGGUCUAACAUCCCUAAAUCUGCCCACAAUACAACACAGUUACAGGAGAAACCUGAUAAAACUCAGUCAGUGGUUUCAAAGCUGACCUUCAAAGUUUCAUACAAAGAUCACAAAAGGAACAUCACCUGCACUGCUACAUAUCCAAGAAAUACGCCUGAUGCCUCAACUGUGGAGACUAUAGUAAUGCUACGAGUCCUGUUUCCUCCAAAAGAAACUCACGUCAUCAUUACUCCAUCUGUUGGCACUAAUGUGACUUUGACCUGCAAAAGCCGAGCCAGUCCAUCAAAUGACUUGACCUACACCUGGUAUAAACAUGGAGAGGAGACGCCUAUAGCUUGGGGAAUGAAAAUUAAUUUAACCCAAACUCAGAAUCAAACAGGAUCAUACCUUUGCAUUGCACAAAAUAAAUAUGGAAAUCAGUCAUCAGAAGAGGCCCAGCACACAGGACAGAGCGGACUCUCUCAUCUGGUGAUAUUUGGCUGCACAGGAGGACUUUUGGCUUUUUUUCUGUUGUCUGCUGUAUUUUUCUACACUAUGAGAAAAAAGGCUUCAAGACAGGCCCAUGUCAUAGGAAGUGAUCAGGCUGAGGAUAAAAACAGAGACACAAUGGAUAUCUGUACUAACAAUGUCACUGCGAUCAGCAAGAAUGGCGAGAAGAAAGAAACUGAUGAUCUCCACUAUGGUGAAAUUGACUUCUCCAAACUCCAGACGGGGCACAAGACAGAGGAACACUCAAACAAUGUCUCAGAGACAGAGUAUUCUGAGCUUCAAGUGACACAGAGAUAGAGACAAAGCAACCGUGCGCAAAAAAAAGA